CAUUAAGGACUUUCAUCCGAUGAACAAAAAUGACUUCGAUAAGAACGGAGUAUACACGACGUUCUGGGAGGACAAUGAAAACUCCGAGAACACUGGAUCGUAUCCUUCGCAAGUGCUGCUUCUGGCAAAUUCCGAAGAACUGCAAGCGAAGAGGGCAUCCAGAAGGGUGCGCAAGGCCGUAAUCCACCCUUCAGAUCUUGAAACUGGAGAAGGAAGUGAGCAUGAGGCAACUGCUUCUCAGAAGCAAACAUCCAAACAGGACUUUCGUAACUUUUUACAGGAGAAGAAAAGGCACAAAGUGCACCAGUUGGCAUCUAAGAGCUCUGCCUAUCAGAGCAUCCUUCAAGAGCAUCUGGAAAACUCUAGGAAAAAAAAUGAAGCCGCCUGUGCCGUCCGGGUCUCUACAAACGAUGUCGUCCUGCAACUGAAUCGGACAGCGACAGUGAUGACUAUGUCAUUUCUGCGUUUUCAUGUUGGUUUGCAUUACGAUAGAGGUUUCCAAACUAAGGCAGUGUUUUUCAUUUGUUCAAUUGAGGAGAAACUGGAGUCAAGAAGGCCUAUUCAGUUGCCAGAAGUGCAGGCAGUUCGUCCAGAUUCCCAGCAAGAAGAUCCAUGGAUUCCAAGAUUAAACAGUGGCUGCAUACCACAUCGACACGUCCCGGAGACAAGUGUGCAGAGAGCACGAGCAACACCUCCUCCCAAUCUUCCAGUAAGCUUGGCCAGAGGACCCCCAGAAGUGCCCAACACUGAGCUGCUAGAUUCGCCCCCAAGGGAUCCCCCAAGUAUCCUCCCAAAAGAUGACCAACCCAGGAGCUUCCAAAGAGCCACCUCGGGAUCCCCAUCAGCCACAGUGGAUGACCCUCAGGCUGCGGGUCAUGCUCCUUUUACUGACAUCGGUGGUGGCAGGUUCCACUUGAAAAGGGGCCUGACGGUUGGCAGCAAGCAAGCAAAGAAAGCCAUGGGACAGACGAAGCCAGCGCUAGUAGCAAAGGACAUAUCACAAGCAAUAUGGGGUCGCCGGGGGCUGGCCGAACGAACCUAUGGGGGUAAAUUAGCCCCAAAAGACUAUUACAAGUCUGGUGCCACUGCAAGGAAGGAGAUGACCCCUGAAAAAGUGGCCCUGGUGAUUGAGACAGUGAUAUACUGGGGAUCCCGAACAGGAAUAUCUGUGACACACGCCCUCAAGAACAUGUCUACUAUUCUGUCGCAAAAAAUUCAAAAUGUGCGCAAGAGCAUGAGGCGUUUGGACAUGUGAAUUGAGCAGAGGCGGGGAUCUAAAACAGCUUUUUGUGAGUUAAGGCUCGUUCACACUCUUGCAACCGAGUACGACUGAGAGACAAG